GGAGCAAAUGCCUAGAUCUUUGUGCUCCUCUGUAGGGGCUUCUGAAAAUGAGGUGGAAUCUUUACACAAGAGUGCUCUUUAUGUUAAUCAACCUAUGCAAACUCCUUCGAAAAGCACAAGAUCGAAUUUGACCAUGUCUUCUAAUCAAGAAAUGCGAACAAUGGAUAAAAACUCCUCGGUUCUUGAGAAAAAGCAUAUGAAAACCAAUAUUUCAUUGCCUCCAUCUACUGAUCAAGUUAUGCAACACUCCCAAACAACUGAAAUAAGUUCAUCUAAUCCUAAAAAACUGAAAAGAGUUCGGCGGAGGAACAAGUGCAAAGAAGUUGCAUUACUUGAAGUUGGACAAAAGCUGAAUGUAACCUUUUACAAUAAUCGAAUGGUUGGAACGAAUAGCAAACUAUUUUCGAGGCACUUGGGAAGGAUAAUUCGUGACCGUAAUAUGUGUCCGUUGGGAGUAUCAUCGUGGAACGAUAUUAAGCAAGAAAAGUUGAAUCACAUGUGGGCAGCAAUUGAGGUCUAA